AUGUAUUCUUUUAGGCAAAGAAGCCGUUUAUCCGAGAGUGGGGUUACUUACCAGAGAGUUUGGCUUGGUCUUGCUUUCUUCUUUGUUGAGCAGUUAUCUAAUUCGUCCUCAUUGCCAAUCUUUACUCCUGCUUCAGACCUGUUUAAAGUCUCCAAAGAUCAAGAUCGGGAAGAGCUUCUCUUCGAAGGUGCCGUUGAGGUCUAUGCAGGGAAAGCCAAAGCCCAUAAUCUAUAUUUGUGUACGGUACGGAAAUUGCUGGCCGGCGGCCGCUCAACUGUUCGAGAAGGUGAGGUCGUCUUUCUUUCCAGCCGCCAUACGGUUCGCCUUAAAGCCGGAGAAAAGGAGGAGCUGUUAUCUAUAGUCUUCCCAACAAGACUGACUUGUGACCAACCCACAAAGGGUUGUGAAGUUGGACCAGGUACGAAGAAUGAAUCUAUAUCUGUGUACGGUACGGAAGUUGCUGGCCGGAGGCCGCUCAACUGUUCGAGUGCAAUACAGUGGUGGUUGGUUCCGAUUCGACAAGGGUAUAAUGCCUGGUCGAAGGUCCAAUACAGUAGGUAG